CAUGCUGCGAAACGACUCGCUCAGCUCGGACCAAUCAGAGUCGGUGCGGCCGCCGCCGCCCAAGCCGCACCGGGGCAAGCGAGGUGGGAAGAUGAGGCAGGUGUCGUUGAGCAGCUCCGAGGAGGAGCUGGCAACCACGCCCGAAUACACCAGCUGCGAAGAUGUGGAGAUCGAGAGCGAGUCCGUCAGUGAGAAAGGGAACAGUCAAAGGGGAAAAAGAGACACAUUUGAGCAGGCACACAUCUUAUCAGAGGGCCAAAAGAAAACGGUGCGCUUUUCAGGCCGCUCCUUGGAGGAGGAUGCUGAUUGGUGUGAGCCGCAGGUUAAAGACUCGGGCGUUGACACAUGCAGUAGCACCACCCUAAACGAGGACCAUAGCCAUAGUGAGAAGCACCCCGUCACGUGGCAACCAUCCAAGGAUGGCGAGCGCCUGAUUGGCCGGAUCCUGCUCAACAAGCGGCUAAAGGAUGGCAGCAUCCCGCGGGACUCUGGAGCCCUCCUGGGCUUGAAGGUGGUCGGGGGGAAGAUGACAGAGUCCGGCAAACUUUGUGCGUUCAUUACCAAAGUAAGGAAGGGAAGUUUAGCGGACACUGUCGGACACCUCAGGCCAGGUGAUCAGGUCUUGGAGUGGAACGGGAGGAACUUACAAGGAGCCACAUUUAAAGAAGUUUACAAUAUCAUUUUAGAAUCCAAGCCAGAGCCUCAGGUGGAGCUGGUUGUCUCCCGACCUAUCGGAGAUAUCCCCAGGAUACCAGACAGCGCACACACGCAGCUGGAAUCAAGUUCCAGUUCGUUUGAGUCUCAGAAGAUGGAACGGCCAUCUAUAUCCAUCACAUCUCCCAUGAGCCCCGGAAUGCUGCGAGACGCACCCCAGUAUUUAUCUGGCCAGCUCUCAAGCCAAAGCCUUAGUAGGAGAAUCGAGCCUUUUAACCCUAGGGUUCAGGUCAAACUCUGGUAUGAUAAAGUGGGUCAUCAGCUCAUUGUCACCAUCCUGGGGGCUAAGGACCUACCGUCACGGGAUGACGGCCGGCCGAGAAACCCCUACGUGAAAAUCUACUUCCUCCCGGACAGAAGCGACAAGAGCAAGCGGCGGACGAAAACGGUGAAGAAGUCUGUGGAGCCCAGGUGGAACCAGACGUUCGUGUACUCGCCCGUUCACCGGCGGGAGUUCCGGGAGCGCAUGCUGGAGGUGACGCUAUGGGACCAGGCGCGCGUCCGUGAGGAGGAGAGCGAGUUCCUCGGGGAGAUCCUGAUCGAGUUGGAGACGGCGCUGAUGGACGACGAGCCGCACUGGUACAAGCUGCAGACGCACGACGUCUCCUCCGUACCCCUGCCCAAGAGCUCCCCCUGCCUGCAGCGGAGGGCUCUGCACGGAGACGUCCCCGCCCGCCGGCUACAGACUCAAGGCCUGUAUUCGUACAGUUCAGGAUCUCACCGGAUCAGCGACAGCGAGAUCUCGGAUUAUGAUGGAGAGGACGGUGUGGGCGUGGUGUCAGACUACAGGCAAAAUGGAAGGGACCUUCAGAGCUCCACCCUCUCAGUGCCAGAACAGGUGCUAUCGUCCAAUCACUGCUCACGAUCAGUGGAAAUUAACCGAGCACGCUCGCGGUCGCCUAGCGUGCCCCCACCCCAGAGUCAUUUCCUCACCCUACCUCGAACCAGACACAGCAAGCCCAUCAGCCAUCAGCAGAAGGAGCUCAGGAACUACGGCACGACGGACAGGCACGAGUUUCACCCUAGGUCCCGUUCGGCCGACCAGCGGCCAGCCCUGGAGCGGCCCAUGUACACCCGUUCCCGCUCGACCGAACGCACGGCCGACGGCCACCGCAUGAGAGCGUCCCUGCCCACCCUGCCGUCGGGACACUCUGCACCGCCCUCCCCUGCCUUGACGAGGGCGCACCCCCGAAGUGGAUCAGUCCAAACCAGUCCCACUGGCACCUCUAUGAACAGAAGAGGACGGCAACUGCCACAGCUGCCUGCAAAGGGGACGCUUGAAAGAAAAGACACGGAGCUGCCCACUCGGACAAACUCAGGUGCUGUGGACGUGGAGGAGAGGACGCGGCAGAUGAAACUGAAGUUGGAGAAGUGCAGGCAUGGAGCAGGCUCUGACUCCCAGCUGGAACAAGACCGCCACGCCAAGCGCUCGGGCAGGGAUGGCUCACGAGGAGCUGACAGCCUCUCGGCCAAGUCUUCAGACAGCGACGUGAGCGACGUAUCUGCCAUGUCUAGGAGCAGCAGCGCGUCCCGCUUCAGCAGUGCCAGCCACAUGUCCGUCCAGUCCGAGCGGCCGCGGGGCAGCCGCAGGAUCAGCGACUUCACGUCCAAAAUGAAAAGCAGACAAACGGGCUCGGCGGGCGACGACAACGCCGCCAGCAGCGGCGGUGGCGACGUCACCAAGAGCACCAGCGUGGGCGGGAACCUGUGCGCCCUGGAGAAGACGGACGGCAGCCAAUCGGACACGGCCGUGGGACUGGUGGGCGGCGACGGCAAGAAGCGGCGCGCCAGCAUCGGGGUGAAAAUGGCCGCCGUGGUGGGCCUGUCCCGCAAGAGCCGCAGCGCCUCCCAGCUCAGCCAGACAGAAGCAGGGGGAAAGAAACUACGCAGUACGGUUCAGCGGAGCACGGAGACGGGUCUGGCUGUGGAGAUGAGGAACAGGAUGACCCGGCAGGCCAGCCGCGAGUCCACCGACGGAAGCAUGAACAGCUUCAGCUCUGAGGGAAACCUUAUCUUCCCUGGCGUGCGACUGUCUUCAGACAGCCAGUUCAGUGACUUCCUGGAUGGACUAGGCCCCGCCCAGCUUGUGGGCCGGCAGACUUUGGCCACACCUCCUAUGGGUGACAUUCAGAUCGGAAUGGUGGAGAAGAAAGGAGCUCUGGAAGUGGAGGUCAUUCGGGCCAGAGGCCUUGUAGGAAAACCAGGGUCCAAAUCACUGCCAGCCCCUUACGUGAAGGUCUAUCUUCUGGAGAACGGAGCCUGCAUAGCCAAGAAGAAAACGAAGGUGGCACGCAAAACCCUGGACCCUCUGUACCAGCAGCAGCUGUCAUUUGAAGAGAGUCCAGGAGGGAAGGUCUUACAGAUCAUUGUGUGGGGGGACUAUGGGCGCAUGGACCAUAAAUCUUUUAUGGGAGCCGUCCAGAUACUUUUAGACGAGCUGGACUUGUCCAACAUGGUGAUUGGCUGGUUCAAGCUCUUUCCUCCUUCCUCAUUGGUGGACCCAACAUUGGCCCCAUUGACCAGAAGAGCUUCCCAGUCGUCUCUGGACAGCGGGUCCGGGCCAUUUGGCCGCUCAUAGCGGUGAGCUGAGCGGUAGCGUUGUUGUAGCAGCAAGUGGGCGGGACUUUGAGAUUGGCGGCGGAUCACACCCCUGCCCCCCCGUAACACACUGCAUGCUUGGUGUCGUGUCUUCUGAGCUUGUCUCUUAGGGGUGAAAAUAAAAAGCGGUCCUGUGUUUGCUCGCAAAAAAAAAAAAAAAAGAUAAUAAUAAUAAUAAAAAUAAUAAUAAUAAUAAGUAAAUAAAUAUAACCUGAAAUCUUGCACACAUCGUGCAUGAAGAUUGCCCCUACAGACGGGGGACAGGCAGAUGAAGCUGGAAACGGACUCGUGUUUAGUCCUGCUCGAAGCCAUCGGGUGAGGGUUUGAACUAGGAACCAGUCACUGAGUUCAACAGUAGCCCUGCUUUUUAAAACAAACAAACAAACAAACAAACAAACAAACAAAAAAAAACAGUUUCAAUCUUCAAGAUUUCUUUUUCCUCCGCAUUUGGUUCAUUGUUUGUUUUAAUGCUGAUGUAUUUGUAUAUGAAUGGGCUAACAGUGUUUGUUCUCAGUGCCUGGGGUCAUGCCAUGCCAACCGACCCAGAGAGGCACAUGGAGAUCCCGAAACACGCGCUGUCGCAGUCGUCAGUCACCUGCCCUCCCGAUAUGCACACACUCUAGCUGAGAAGAAGUGAGACUGUUUCUAGAUUUUUAAAUGCAAUACAGAGAAAGGCCUUCGUGUACCGAGAAGUGACGAUUCGAAAUCGUCAGGAUGAACUUUGAACAUCGAGUAGAAUGAUUUCUCUGGUGGUCGUGUAUGAAAUUUAAAUGGGGACUUUUUCUCUUUUUUUUUUCUUCCUUUGGUUUUUAAUAUUUGUUUUUUUAUUUAAAUUUUUUUUUUCUUUUUUUUUCUUUUUUUUUUGCAUGGACUCAUGUUUAGCUGAACUUAAAUAAAUAAUUAUUUUCUUGACUGCAACCUGCAAAAAAAAGCUGAAGAAAAAGAAACAGAGCGCAGCCGUUUUCAACAAUUUGUAUUAUUUUUAAGAUAAAUUUCACUAGUGCAUGGUUUUCAUGGAGAUUGAAUGCAAUGCUGUGAUUCAAAAAAGGGAAACCCUGUUUUAUCAUCCUGAAGAACAUUCCUUGGUCUAAACUGUAUUUUUACAACACAUACAAACCGAGAACUUGGAGAAGUUAAAGAAAUUAAAGAUUUAUUUCCAGAAAGUCCUGUUCAUGUAGAAAAGAAGGUAAAGAAAACAUUUUUAAAUGAUCAUUUAUUUCACUGUUAAGGUAGAAGCCUUAUAAAGAUAAUGUGCAAAUUGUACACGUUCCUUUAUUUUUCCGUCUCUUUUGUCCCAGGGUGGCUGUUGUACUUUCCAUUGCUGCUGUCAUCAGAUUAGCUCCGCCCACCCUUGUGUCUUUCUGGUGAUCCUGCAGUCUUGUGUUCUAUUCGUUCGCACCUCAUUUAGGUUCAGUUGGUUUUAACAAGCAUGUUGAAAAGAAUUUACUGCGACAUGCCUCGGGCACACCGUGCAGAACACAGCAUGUUUUGAUAAAGAUGAUAGUUGGAAGAAGAAAAAAAGAAUAACAUUUUUGCAGUUUCUUGUACAGUGCAUGUCAACUAUGUUAGUUUCAUCCCUUACCCUGAAUUAAAUUUUUAGAGAAUUUGGCUGUACUGUGGCAGACUUCCACACUACAAUUUUGAAUGAAACAUUCCACCCAAUAAUGUCACAUUUUGUUGGCAGUUCUUUAAAAUUAUUUGGAAAAAAAAAUAUUGCAAUGGGAAAAUUUGUAUCCUGUUAGAAAUAGUUUAGAGGAAUACCCCCCUCCCACCAAUAUUCCAGAAAAAAAAGAUCCCAACUUGGAUUUGUAAGAGUAGAAUCUGCAUCUCACCGACUAUUGUGCAGUAUUGGGCAGUGCAGAUGCACAAACAUCGCACUACUGGAGCUCAGUUGAUGAGUAGGGUUGCAUGAUUUGGGAAUUUGCCACAUGACAUGAAUUUAUAGACUUUAGUUUUCUCACUUAAUUUUCAGAAAGUUCAUUUAAUAUAUUUUUGUUAGUUUAUUUACAAGCCAAGACCAGUUAAUUUUUUAUUUUCUAUUUUUAGUAAUUAUCAAAACUUCUCAUAUCUGGGAAGUAGAUGACUCUUAUUGUUAUAAUGUCUGAAUAGAACUCUAUGGAGACAUUAUUCCUCUUCCAUGUAAGUUGAAUUAUAUUUUGGUGUUCAUUUAAUAGCUUUUUUUCUGCAACAUGGUAUAUGUAGAUUUCCUCAGAUUUCAAUAUUAGGUGUCAUAAGUCAUGGAAUUUGGAUGAAAAAACAAACAUCCAUCUAUAGAGAACACCUUGCGGAAUUGGGAUAAUGUCUCACCUGAUGACAGAGACAUGUUGUACACCCUUUUGAAUGCCUUCUCAUUUUUUUCUGGUGCAAUGUGUUCAUACCAAGGCUAUGUCUUGGUCAAGUAUGGUUGAGUACAGAGAUUUAUGUAAGUUAUUUUUCAAAUUAAACAAUAAAAAAUGGAUACCACACUGAA